CUUUGCUUUCGUUAAUGGGGUGAACUCCAACACUUUUUCUUCCCUCUUCUUCACUCAUUUACUUUCUCUGCAUCAUCUGUACGUCAUAGUUUUGAUGGCUAAUGUAGAACUUAAACCAUGGGGUUCUUCCAUUGAUCACACCGUCUCAGGUCAGAGUUUAGAAAAUGGGUUGUCUUAUUAUUUUUGGGUGUCUGGAAAAUAACUCUGCUUGGCUACUGAGAAACUAGAAGAACAAAUAUGGGUUCUCUAUUAGGUUGUUCUAUAGUUAAUGUACGGCCAUUCGUGUUUUGAACAAAACUUAACUGGGUUCCGGUAGUGAUGAUCUAUACCCAGAGCUAUGGAAGUUAUGCGCAGCCCCGUUGGUAGAGAUUCCUCGGGAUCACGAGAGAGUCUUUUACUUCCCUCAGGGUCACAUGGAACAAUUAGAAGCAUCGACUAAUCAGGAAAUUAAUAAUCAAGCCCCACUGUUUAAUCUUCCUUCUAAGAUCCUAUGUCGUGUUCUUCACGUUCAGUUACUGACCGAACACGAGACCGAUGAGGUUUAUGCUCAGAUCACUUUGCAGCCUGAAGCAGAUCAAAGUGAACCCACAAGUCCUGAUCCCUGCCCAAUUGAGGCUCCUAAGAGGACAGUUCAUUCCUUUUGUAAGAUUUUAACGGCAUCCGACACGAGCACUCAUGGAGGGUUCUUUAUUCUCCGAAAGCAUGCCACUGAGUGCCUGCCUCCUCUGGUAGAUAUGAAUCAAGCAAACCCUACUCGGGAGUUUGUUGCUAAAGAUCUUCAUGGGUACGAGUGGCAGUUCAAGCAUAUAUUUAGGGGGCAACCACGGAGACAUUUGCUUACUACGGGGUGGAGCACCUUUGUCACUUCCAAGAGAUUGGUUGCCGGAGACACAUUUGUGUUUCUCAGAAGUGAUAAUGGAGAACUAAGGGUUGGGGUUCGGCGGCUUGCUUGUCAACCGAGCACAAUGCCUUCAUCUGUGAUUUCUAGCCAGAGCAUUUAUUUAGGAGUGCUUGCUACUGCUGCUCAUGCCGUUACGACGCAAACCCUGUUCGUUGUGUACUACAAGCCAAGGACGAGCCAAUUCAUAAUUGGAGUAAAUAAGUAUUUGGAGGCCAUUAACAAUGGAUUCUCUAUUGGUAUGCGUUUUAAGAUGAGAUUCGAGGGGGAAGACUCUCCUGAGAGAAGGUUAACCGGUACGAUAGUCGGAGUUGGAGAUUUCUCCCCACAUUGGUCAGAAUCUAAAUGGCGGUCCUUGAAGAUUCAAUGGGAUGAACCUGUAACAAUACAAAGGCCGAUGAGAGUUUCUCCAUGGGAAAUAGAGCCAUUUGUGGCUUCUGCUUCUAUAAAUCUUGUACAACUAGCCGUAAAGAGCAAAAGACCGCGACCUGUUGAUAUUCCAGUUUCUGACAUUACGAUGAACUCAGCUGAUUCAGCUUUCUGGGGCCAUGGUUCAACCAAAUCUCAUGAACUAACACAAGUAGGAAGUACACCUGGAGUCCAAAGCAGUGAAAGCCAAGUUAUGUGGCCUAUGAGGCAGAAAGAAGCUGAUUACAGUCUUAUUAAUAGUAGUGGAGGUUAUAACUCAAGGACUCGCCUCGAAUAUGCCUGGCCACAUUCAUAUCUUGUGAAUGUUUCUCUAGACCUUUUCCCUGGUUCAUUGGGUGACAAAAACAAAACUAAAACGCCACAGACCGCUGUCACUGGUUAUUCCUCUUCUUUUCAAUCGGGACCAAGCGAGGGCCUGAAGUAUGAACAAGUUGAGAAAGGGAAAAUAUCUGAGUAUGCUACUGGUUGCCGGUUGUUCGGGUUUAAUUUGAAAGAUAACACUAGUGCAACUACCUUCACGGACAUGGAACAAGCAAGCACAAUGAUAGGUGACAAUGGCGUUAGAGAAUUUCUUCCGGAUGUGUCUUAUAUUGAUCAGAACUCUGAAACCGAAAAGUCUUCAAAGGAGGAGAAGAGAGUUGCAUCAGAGACCUCAACCAAGAAGAUGCAAGCUAAGCAGAGUGCCUCUACUUCAGCUAGAACUCGUACCAAGGUACACAUGCAAGGGAUUGCAGUUGGUCGUGCCGUGGACUUAACUGUAUUGAAAGGAUACGAUGAUCUCGUUAAUGAGCUGGAAAAGAUGUUUGAUAUCGAUGGAGAGCUUUGCCCCCGUGGUAAAUGGUCCGUUGUCUUUACCGACGAUGAGGGUGAUAUGAUGCUUGUGGGUGAUGAUCCAUGGAUGGAUUUUUGCAAGAUGGUGAGAAAGAUCUUCAUAUAUUCAAUAGAAGAGGUGAAGAAGAUGAGUGCGAGAUGUAAACUCAGGGCUUCAUCUUUGGAAAGGUGAAAGCAUUGAUGCAGAUCGUAAGUC